AUGUUCCACGGCAUCAUAGGCACCGUAGUUGGUCAUCAUAACGCUUAUAAACGUCGCAAGGUGUUGCACCGCGAUGUUAGCGAUGGAAAUACAAUAUUCCUCGUAGAUACGAUAUCUGCCGAAUCCGCUGUCCCUCCGCGUCCUGAAGGGGCAGAAAAGGAGUGGACUCCUAUGAGAAACGGCGUGGCAUCUGAUUGGGGGUCUGCAACAGACUGUUUGGAACCUGGAGGAGAAGCGUCCCUGCCACGUACCGGAACACUUCCCUUCGAGUCUAAUGCCUCGAUGUUAAACACGGAAGUCGAGUUUUAUCACGACCUCGAAUCUUAUUUUUGGUUGGCCUACCUUAUUACCUGCAAUUGCGCAGGUCCCUUUAACAUGCGUCGUGACUGGGAUGGGGAGAUCCAGCAUUUUACUGCGCACAAAACCAUUACACCUUCGCUCAUCAAUCACUUAGCAAAGGUCAAGACAUACGGAAAGGUCUUGGAUGUUGACCGUUCUGCUUCUGCUUCCCACCAUGCCAACGAACCCUUCUCCCCUCUAUAUUUAUCGUGGGUCCGUCCUGGGGUGCAUUCUCUUUCACCAUUAGACAUCGUCCAGCAGAGGGAUAGUGUGUCCGACACCGACUUCGCCAAUCUUAUGACGCCCUACUUUGUACAGCAUGAAAUCAUACGAGACGGGAUGAUCGAGUUGCGGAGUCUCUUCUCGGGCCCUGAGACAAAGUGUUCUGACGGCUUUGAGCUUGAAUAUGCUCGGGCCCGUUAUCAACGCUAUCUCGACACGGGCAAUCGCAUGCCUUUAAUGGUGGAUGAUGAUGAUCCCGAGGGGCGUAUUGGGAGCAAGAGAAAGGGUGCUCAGAGCGAUGCCCGAUUCAUUCAAGGCGCCACCAAACGUGCAAGGGGACCAGGCGCCAGUGAAGCAGGCUUUGGUGCGCCAGUUCGUCGCGGUGCAAUAUGUGGAACACGGAUCAGCGGCAAAACCAAAGGUAAAAUGAAAGCGAUCGCGUAG